AUGGUCUCUAGUGAUCGGGAUGACCAUGCGACCGCGCAACAUCAAGCUGUCACUGAGCCGCCAGCAAGAGUGGAAAACGAAAGGAGAGUCCUGCCACAACCCCCAGCAAAGCUGCAAAUCAUUGUCGACGAAACCCAGGUUAGUAUUGAAGAACUACCUGUUUCAAAUCGAACUCACUAUCAUGACCUGUCAGAUAGCUACUUCUACAGGCCCUUGGAUCCCAAGUCCGAGGGCCCUCUGACUUUCACAUCUGAAACCUUGAUGAACAAUGUCCAAUGGUGGUCACAUGACCCUCCAGAGGAACUCUUAUUUGACAUUGAAAGUAUUGAGGCCUCUGGCAAAUAUGGUCUUCCGGAGCUCGAAACACUUCUCACCAACCCCGUAAGAGCUAGUACGUCACAAGGCCAGCUUUGUAGAGCAGAGACAACUCAGAAAAGCACGACUGCGUCAGCAGCACUUAGAGAGAGUCCAGAAGCGUCAAGUUCGUCUAAUACCGCUGUAGCAGGACUAUCAAGACCAAGUCUUCAAACAAGCGCAACAGAGGAAGAUACUUCGAGUAAUGAGCAAAAUCAACAAAAUCGCGUGAUCAGCCAAGGAUCAACGAAGACAAAUAUGACCUCCGAUUCAGGAUACAUGUCUGCUGCAGAAAGGUAUCGUUCAAGAUCAAGCUCGAAAGACCCGCAGCAGGGAUACACCAAGUUGCCCACAUUUGCUAGGUUUAGGAAGUUGCUUAAAAAGAGGGAGAUUAAGGACAAAUCUGUAAUGAAGGAGCUGAAUGAGCCUUCUAAUGCUGCCAUGGAGACAGAGACGAUGUGGCCUGUGAAGUGCUGUCGGGAAGAGAUAUCACAUGCAGUCAUCAUGAAAAAUGUAAACGCAGACCUAGCACAAGAAUUCCAAAGAAAAGUUUUGGAAAGAAAAGUGCCUGCCGGAGAUCGAAUCUAUUGUAUCAAACCAGGAUGUGAAGCAUGGAUCCCUAGCAAGUGGUUUAACAAAAGUCUCAAAUGCGCAUCUUGUCCAUCCUGCAACACAAGGGUUUGCACUGCAUGCAGGGGUUCAUGGCAUGCGGAUACGGAAUGUCCCAAUGAUAGAAAUUUGCAAGCUACUUUCAGAUUGGCAUACGAGCAAGGAUGGAAGAGAUGUUAUAAUUGCUAUGCUUUCGUCGAACUUAACACGGGUUGUCGCCAUAUUCAAUGCCGUUGUAGAGCUGAAUGGUGUUACAUUUGUCGUGCCAAAUGGAUGACUUGUCAAUGUACAGAAAUGGACCAUCUCGUGAGGAGGCUUGACACAGAACAAAGACUUCUAAACGCCGCCAAUCCAACUGGGCAAGUAGCAGAACGAAUCAGGAGAGAGGCAGAACACGACCUAGCUGCUCGGCAGUUAAAUGAAGAUUUGGAACGACGACAAGCCGAAGAACUAGAAAGGGAAGCCGAGAUUCGGCGUCGCCGAGAGGAAACAAGAUUUGCAGAAAUAGCUCUCAUGUUUGGGCAAAUAAGAGAAGAGCUAGAGGUGUUACAUUCCUCUCAGAAAUUACGUCUUGCAUCUCGCUCGCAAAAUGAGUACCGACUAUUACAAGAACAAGAGCUACGGUUGAACGAAUUACGGUUUCUCAAUACACGCGAAAUCAACGAAUUGGAUACGGAAUACAAGAAUGAAAUGUCAAAGUACGAACUGCGUUUCCUGAAUGAAUACAACGAGCUUGAACGAGAGGAAGUUCGCCUUGAGAAGGAAACUUCAGAGGGGAUUGAAGCAUUUUGGAAAGACAAACCGAAUGCUGUAUACGAAAUCAAAGCUGCGAAAGUUUCACAUCAAGCGAACUCUAUUGCAAAGUUCAGGAAAUGGGACCUUUAUAGGAAAACCACUUUACAGAACCUCGUCGAAUACUUCGAAGCAGAGAAAUCAUCACUAUCCAGGGCUCAAAAUGCGAUUAUGGCCACUACCACAUGGAGAAUAGGAAGUGGGUGGAGAGACUGGGCGAGAAAUAAAGUCGCCGAGGUCAAAUGGUUUGAGGCUGUCAUCGCAGAGAGAGAAUCUGUGUUACGAGCUUUAGAGAAUCUGCAGUAUAAAAUGGCUAUAGAAGAAUCUGAAACAGGUAUAGCACCCUAG